ACCCCUUGGCUUGAAGGGGUUUCCAUCCUAUCCAUGGUUUACAGUUUGGUUCAAUGACUCUCAGUGCCCCCCAUGGUACAGAUUGUUCCAGCCCCCCUGUCUGGGACUAGGAGCGGGGAUAAGAACUGGGUACAGCCUGUGGUGGGUGAACCUAGGGCUGGGGGGGGGGGAAGCUUUCCCCCCCCCGUAGGGGAAGGACCCCCAGCCCUGAGUACCAUCCAACUUCCCCCACCCACACCUGCUGAGUGUGUGGCCCCAGCCUCCCCAUCCCCAGAGCCCAGGGAGGGCACAUGGCCCCAACCUGAACCCCUGGGGCAGCCUAAGGAGAAGCCUGACACACUCCCCCACAGGGGCCGUGCACCCCACCUCCGCAGUCAGCUGUGACUCUCAGCCAGCUUGGAAAACAGACGGGUUUAUUGGUUGCUGGGAACACAGCAUAGAACAGAGCUUGUUAGCACAGAAAUCAGGAGCAUUCAGCAAAGUCCAUCUGGGGGGGGAAUCCCGAGUCCUGGGUUCUUUCCGCUGAGUCCCGAACCAGGAGACUGCCCCGCCUCCAGCCCCCCAUCCUCAGUGAUGCCCAACUGCCCCUCCUCCAUGCUUUCUCUCUUUCCCAGGAAAACAGGUCACCUGGCCUCCCCCUCUCUCUUUGUUCUCCAAUAUCUUGGGCUGGCUCCUUGCAGAGGACCGGCUCCGGCCAUCACUUGCCAGGAUACAGAAUUUUGGCCAUUCUCUAUGUCCAGGCAGCCACUCUGCAGUCACACCUGCCCUCUAGAGGUCUCUGCAAUGAUCACACAUCUGUAUCCCACCAGCUUGAUACUUGAGUAACACAUGGGGAAACUGAGGCACACACACAGUAUUCAGAGAAAACAUUUCAGAGUAGCAGCCGUGUUAGUCUGUAUCCGCAAAAAGAAGAACAGGAGGACUUGUGGCACCUUAGAGACUAACACAUUUAUUAGAGCAUAAGCUUUCGUGGACUACAGCCCACUUCUUCGGAAAAGAUUAAGAACAUUCCCGCAUCAUCACACCACUCUGAGACCAGCCCAGGUGCACGUUCUCCAGUGGCUGGAACCACUCUAACUAUACCAGCCCCUGAGCCUCCAGGCUGAGGAAUCACAUCCACAUUUUGCUCCAGAUCGGCCCAUCUUCCAGGAGACAGGGCAGGGAAAUGGCUGUGAUGGAGCCAGCUCAGAUGCUGGUGACCUUCGAGGAUGUGGCUGUGUAUUUCACCCAGGGGCAGGGGGCUCUGCUGGACCCCGCUCAGAGAGCCCUCUACAGGGACGUCAUGCAGGAGAACUACGAGACGGUGACCUCGCUGGGAUUUCCCCUUCUCAAACCUGACCUGAUCACCUGGAUUGAACGAGGGGAAGAGCCAUGGGUGCCCGAUCCCCAGGCCUGUGAGGAAAAAGAGAUCCCGAGAGGCACCCACACAGCAGGUGAUGAGAGAGUAAGUGAGACCGAGGAGGGGAAUCAACAGCAGGAAGUUCUUGGGCACGGGGAAUCACAGGGGACCUUUGUGAGAAGACCCCAUACGUGCUUAGACUGCGGAAAAAGUUUCAUGUGGAGGUCAGGCCGUGUCAGACAUCAGGCAAUCCACACUGGAGAGAGACUUCAUAAGUGCUUAGACUGUGGGAAAAGUUUCAUACGGAGGUCAGGCCUUGUCAGACAUCAGGCAAUCCACACUGGAGAGAGACCCCACAAGUGCUUAGACUGUGGAAAAAGUUUCAUAUGGAGGUCAGCCCUACUUGAUCAUCAGUCAGUCCACAGUGGAGAGAGACCCCAUAAGUGCUUAGACUGUGGAAAAAGUUUCAUGCGGAGAUUAGACCUUGUUAAACAUCAAGCAAUCCACAUCGGAGUGAGACCCCAUAAGUGCUUAGACUGUGGAAAAAGUUUCAUACGGCGGUCAACCCUACUUGAUCAUCAGUCAGUCCACAGUGGAGAGAGAUCCCAUAAGUGCUUAGAUUGUGGAAAAAGUUACAAACAGAGGUCAGCCCUUGUCAGACAUCAGGCAAUCCACACUGGAGAGACACCCCACAAGUGCUUAGGAUGUGGCAAAAGUUUCAUACAGAGGUCAAGCCUUCUUAUACAUCAGGCAGUCCACACCAGAGAGAGACCCCAUAAGUGCUUAGACUGUGGAAAAAGUUUCAUACGGCGGUCAACCCUACUUGAUCAUCAGGCAAUCCACACCGGAGAGAGACGUCAUAAGUGCUUAGACUGUGGAAAAAGUUUCAUGCGGAGAUCAGGCCUUACUACACAUCAGAUAAUCCACACAGGAGAGAAAUCCCAUAAAUGUUUGGACUGUGGGAAAAGUUUCACACUGAGAUCAAAUCUUAUGGCACAUCAGGCAAUCCACAGAGGCGAGAGACUCCACAAGUGCUUAGGCUGUGGAAAAAGUUUUAUACAGAGGUCAGCCCUUGUCAGACAUCAGGCAAUCCACACUGGAGAGAGACCCCACAAGUGCUUAGACUGUGGAAAAAGUUUCAUACAGAGGUCAGACCUUGUUAAGCAUCAGGCAAUCCACACCGGAGAGAGACCUCAUAAGUGCUUAGACUGUGAAAAAAGUUUCAUACAGAGGUCAGACCUUGCUAAACAUCAGAUAAUCCACACAGGAGAGAAAUCCCAUAAAUGUUUGGACUGUGGGAAAAGUUUCACACAUAGAUCAUAUCUUAUGGCCCAUCAGGCAAUCCACACAGGUGAGGGACUCCACAAGUGCUUAGGCUGUGGAAAAAGUUUUAUACAGCGGUCAGUCCUUGUCAGACAUCAGGCAAUCCACUCUGGAGAGAGACCGCACAGGUGUUUGGACUGUGGAAAAAGUUUCAUACAGAGGUCAGACCUUGUCAGACAUGAGGCAAUCCACACAGGAGAGAGACCCAAUAAGUGCUUAGACCAGAGGUGGGCAAACUACAGCCUGCGUGCCACAUCCGGCCCACAGGACAGUCCUUCCCAGCCCCUGAGCUCCCAGCCAAGGAGGCUAGCCCACAGCCCCUCCCCUGCUGUCCCCACUCCCCCGCAGCCUCACCACGCCACGCAGCCAGCUCUCUGACCCGCUGCU